AGGGAGAUGGUUGACAGAGGGUUCAGAGUGAAGUUUGCUGAUAAGCUGGAGCAGAUUUACACCCACCCUUCUACUGAGACCCAUUAUCUUUUCUGAUAUCCCCGAUGAAUCAAUGACAGCGCUAAAGAACUUGUCACUUCAAAGGCAGUGACACAGCGCAUACACAGAGAUGAGUUCCGCUCCAAAUCUCACGGAGUCAGCUCGAAUGGAAAUUAUUUCCCAAGUCAAUGAGGAAAAAUUCCAAAAGCUGAUUCCAACCAUCGUUUUCUGCGUAGUGCUUUCAGUGGUAGGAACUCUGGGAAACUCCGUUGCUAUUUAUAUCUUCAGUGCCAAAAUGACGCGAAACGUGAUGAAUAAUCUGUUUAUCUUUCUCAGCGCUGUGAGUUUAUUUGCCUGUUCUGUUUGCUUGCCUUUAGAAGUUGUUGAUAUUCGGAACUAUUUCCUGUAUCCUUCAUUAGUAUGCUGCAAGAUUACUCGAUUUUUCAACACCUAUGUGUCCAUCUCUUCAAAUCUCACUCUGAUUGUUCUCGCGGUGAUCCGCUACAGAGCGGUCAGUGGAAUGCGCACGUCACAGCCCAGAACACUUCCGGUCAUCGCAGGCAUUUUGCUGUCCACCCUAUCUGCUGCCUGGAUUUCUUUGGUCCUUUUCGGAAUGCGAUCAAGCCCCACCUACAUCCAUGACGUGAAGGGCUUCGACUGUUCUAUCGCCGACGACGCUGCAAACACAGCAUGGCCGAUGAUCUUCAACACCAUUCUGGGCAUAGGCUUCCUGUGUCUGCUGACCAUCACGUCUUUCUGCUACUUCCGGAUCUGGGCGCUGGUCAGACGCAGUCGUGUCAAAGUGGCUGCACACAGAGACAAACAAACAGAGGCGCACAAAGAGACACCUAAUGAGAGCAGAGCUCCGACAGGUGGGCAAGCGUUACAGCAGCCGAUGGCGGCGUUCUCGGGGAAGUCGCAGGAUAGUAACCGUUGUUAUGGCAAUCGUGGUGAGCAGAAGCUUAGACCUGAGGCUUUUGCAUCGACGAUGUUAACGCUGGACGCAUCCAAGGUAGCGGAGGUGGAGAACAAUGUCGUGGACCUUGCCCAUGUCAAUCGUCACACAACUAUUGAUUCUUCCGAAAGAAACCGUUCAAACGAUGAAAAACACCUUCAAGUCCUUGUAUUGGAAAGCGAUGCUGUCUUAGGCGAAGAAAUCGACACUGACGUAUUCAAUAAAACUGCACACAAUACCCAAAUGAUCAAACCAAAUACGUCACAGGAUCUGAACCUCGACCUCCUGGAACUUUCACAAAAGAUGCCUGAGGAGCAAACAACAAGCUCUUAUCAGUCGCCUCCGCACGACUUAGAGUCAGGCGAACGCGUUACACUUCGCUAUGCUCAAAGGGUGGCUGAACAAAGCUCCCAUUCUUUAGCCAACACAUAUUCUCUCUCGCCACCAGGAGACAACAACAAAUCUUGCCAUAUACAAAAGGGAAUUGUGGAACAUUCAGAGUUAGCUUCCAACCCACUCAGUCUCUCGAAUUUGAAUAAUAACUACAGGCUUCGCCUUAAAGAAGACGAGGCUGGGCUAUUUUCUCAGUCUGGUGGCAACGCAGCCUCAGUCGCGAACCCUUUAGACAACAUUGAGCCUAGCAUUGGGCAAGGAGUGGUUGGGGAACUAGGUGAGUUGGGCUACAACGAUCCUAUUCUGUCAGAUCCUAUCCACAACGGUUCCAAUCAGAUUCAAACCCAAACCCAGGAGGUCGCUAGGGCUCAUACCGCACUUUUUCAGAGAUUUGUUCUUUCCGGCGAGAUCGAAAGAUACGGUGUUGAGACGUCCAGGGGCGACAAUUCUAGGAUCGAUAACCCUGAUACAGUCGCAAAUUCAACAGCCAUACAAACAAACGUACAAGCUAAACCUCCCACGGUGAAAAACAAGAAGAAAACAGCGGAGCAGGCUGUGUCCCUCACUGCGUUCAUCCUCACGUUUACUUUCGUUCUUUCCUACACGCCCUACUUCCUCGUGAGCAUUCCUCGCGCGUUCAUCAAGGACGCGGAUUACAAACAAGACGCACUGCAGCUCAAUCUGGUCAACGUGGCUAUCCGGUUUUACUUUGUGACCCCGGCUGUUAACCCACUUAUUUAUUUUGCUUCUAGUUUAGACUUCCGACGGAAGUGCAAAACGUUGUGGUCACGUGAUAAGUCUCCUACCGUAUAAAAGUGCAUGGAAAAAGCGGCUUGAUUUUUAGUGGACUUCUUCUUCUUCUUCUUCUUCUUCUUCUUCUUCUUCUUCUUCUUCUUCUUCUUCUUCUUCUUCUUCUUCUUCUUCUUCUUCUUCUUCAGGGGUCUGGAUGAGACAUUGACGAUUAUUGUACCCCACCCUAUCCUAUUCAUCUGUCUUCUGGAUCGGCUCGGUUUUUCUCGUUUUUCAGUGGUACAGAAUGCUAUUGACAAGCUUGCAGACUGUGGGGGUCUGAUAUUGCGCUCUACAUAGCAUCUUUGACACACCCACACUUGGAAAUGUACUGCUUUGAUUUUAAACUAGAUUGUCAGUGGUUAAGAUCCAAAAUUUUGUUUCUCUUCAGAACAUAUUUGUGAGGCAGCGUGGUGGAAUCAGGCUCUCGUCAA